UUUUAGCCUUAAAUACCGUUUUGUCCCUCUCUCUCAAGCUUGUUGCUUCAUCUGCCAUUCCAUUAUACUCUGCUACAUACAGCUACCACCACCCCAAGAAAACACACACAGUAAUGGCAGACAAAGAUCUCGCCUCGCCUCUCAUCUCUUCUGCACCCUCCGAUCACCCCCACUUGAUCCUCACCGUCCAAGACGACACUGACACAGACCACAACAACCAUAACGGCAAUCACGGCAGCAACAGCACCCACCACCACUUUCGCAACCCAUAUGCGUUUCUCGGGUCGGAUGGGUUCACCGUACCCGGUUCGACCACUGCGGACCCGUUUAGGAACCACACACUGGAGAUUCGUGGGCUUUACGAGUGGUUAAAGAUCGGAAUUUGCUUGCCCAUCGCGCUGGUUCGGCUUGUGCUCUUUGGGGCCUCUUUGCUGAUUGGGUUUGUGGCUACAAAAUUGGCUCUUCAGGGAUGGAAGGACAAGAAGAACCCUAUGCCUAAGUGGAGGUGCAGGAUUAUGUGGAUCACUAGAGUCUGUACUCGUUGUAUUCUGUUCUCUUUUGGCUACCAUUGGAUAAGACGGAAAGGAAAACCUGCUCCUAGAGAAAUUGCUCCAAUAGUUGUAUCUAACCAUGUAUCAUUCAUUGAACCUAUCUUCUAUUUCUAUGAAUUAUUCCCUACAAUUGUGGCAUCCGAAUCCCAUGAUUCCCUACCCUUGGUUGGAACAAUCAUCAGAGCAAUGCAGGUGAUAUAUGUAAAUAGGUUUUCUGCAUCAUCAAGGAAGCACGCUGUUAGUGAAAUAAAGAGAAAAGCUUCUAGCGAUAGAUUUCCUCGAGUGCUUUUAUUUCCUGAGGGAACCACAACCAACGGAAGAUUUCUUAUUUCAUUUGAACUUGGUGCAUUCAUCCCUGGUUUCCCCAUACAACCAGUAACUGUACGCUAUCCCCAUGUACACUUUGACCAAUCCUGGGGGCACAUUUCUUUGGCAAAGCUCAUGUUUAGAAUGUUCACACAGUUUCACAAUUUCAUGGAGGUAGAGUAUCUUCCUGUUGUCUCACCCCUUGAUAACAAGAAAGAAAGUGCUGUUUGUUUUUCUGAGAGGACUUGUCAUGCUAUGGCAACUUCACUCAAUGUUGUACAGACAUCUCAUUCUUAUGGGGACUUAAUGCUACUUAUGAAGGCAUCUCAGUCGAAAUCAAAACUGGAGCGCCCCGCAUCUUAUAUGGUUGAAAUGGCGACUGUAAAAUCACUACUCCAUAUAAGCAGCAUGGAAGCUGUGGACUUUCUGGAUAAGUUUCUUUCUAUGAAUCCAGACCCUAGAGGUCAUGUUAACUACAGUGGUUUCCUGAGGGUUCUAAGACUCAAGGCCUGUACCUUUUCCGAAGAGAUAUUUGCUUUCAUUGAUGUUGAAAAAAGUGGAUCAAUCACGUUUAAGCAGUUCUUGUUUGGGUCAGUGCAUGUCCUGAAGCAGCCCUUGUUCCGGCAAGCCUGUGAAUUAGUUUUUUCUGAAUAUGUUUCUGGGGAGAAUGACUACAUUUCAGAACAAGAAUUUGGAGAGUCCAUCAGGCCUGCAAUCCCGGAUUUGAAUGAGGAUGAGGUCCAUGAACUGUUUAAUCUAUUUGAUGCUGAUGGUGAUGGAAGGAUCAGCAAGGAUGAAUUUUGGACCUGUCUGAAAAAAAACCCACUACUGAUUGCGCUUUUCUCACCUUGUUUGCUUAACAAGGACAUUUCACAAGAUGGUAAUAGGUUGGUGGAGGAGAUUGUGUAGUGGAUGCAGAGAGAUUCUCUUUAUGGCUUGUGGAGAUUUUGUGCACCAUUUGUAACCUCCAUUAGUCUGGUUUUAUUUUGGGUGGAGAGAGAGAGAGAGUGGCGGAGCUUCGAGUUGUGUGAAGUAAUAGGGAGGGAGGGGGCAUAAUAUUUUUACCUUGCUCCCUUAAGUUGCGCAUACUGGAGUUCAGAUUUAAUUGUUUUUUUGAUCUGUAACUUUAUAUGUCAUUGUUUAGAAAGUGAUCUUACAUAAUUAUAGUUUGUGCAUUAAUCCAGAUAGAUUUUUUUGUAGCAGAUUAUGUAGUGCUAAACCAAACUGAAUGGAGAUUGCAAAAGUGUGAUAUCAAA